AUGGGCAUAAAGAAGGGCCCUCGACCGAAGGUCGUGCUCAAAGACCCAAGCAAGCGCUACAGCCUCCACAACAGAUCUCGCAUCAAGCCACAUACCAACAAGUCUCGGUUCAUCAACAAGCAGCAGACAAAGAUGUCUUUCCCCUCCAAGGGAGCCAGAGCCUCGCGGGUCACGCCUCUGGCCAAGUGUUUCAACCGCGGAGGAAUGGCAUACGGCCGCCGAAGCAUUCUCCGCACCAUUCACAACGACUACCAGCUACGCCGCAAGUUUCUCAGACGUGGCAUUCUGACCAGGAAGGAUGUGGAGAAGGCUCUUCUGGAGCUUCUCUUCCAAUGCCGCAAUCUGAAGGACUGGAACUCCGGUGGCGACAACUUGUUCGACGUUUUUCGCCUCAUCAAGGGAAGAGUCAAGUGGGCUGCCAACUGCUCUGUCGACCUCAUCAUGCAGCUUUUCUUCACCCUGAUUCGAGCCCGCCUGGACUGCCCACGCAGCUUGCGAAAGAACGCAUGCAAGGUUGCCCUGCGUGUCGACAAGGUGAUUUCGUACCUCAAUGGAGUCGACCACCUCCUGACCGAGUACGAAAUCUACAAGAACCUGGUAUUGCCCAUCCACCAUGCCAUUCGCAAUCUCCCCCGAGAAGCCAAGGCGCCACCAUCAACCAUUCCCGGUGCUGUGUUUCUCCAGGCCAUCAGCUGCAGUAACAAGUAG